AUGACUCAAUCAAAGAUAUCGUCCUCCCUCUCCUCCGCGAGCAGUGCGGCUUCCAGUGCUGCUAACAGUGCGGCCUCGAGUGCCUCGAGUGCCCUCAACUCUGCCACAGCCCAAGCGUCCGCUUCGGCAUACCCCGAGUAUAACGGCGGUUUGUCAACUACUACGAAAGUCUUCAGUUCUCUCGGUGUCAUUUUUACCUUCCUCCUUCUUGCUGCAGCUGGGCUCUACUUUGCCGGAUACGCUGAUGAUGUUGGUGAAUGGUUCGCCAAACGAUACUACAAAGGAAAAGGCAUUGCACAGGCCAAAGUGCUUGAGCAUUCUGGCAGUGAGAAGCUCCAGUCCAUGGCUAGAGAUUCCUUGAAGAAGAACCCGGUCAUGGGUGAAGAAGAUGUCGGUCAUGUCGGUCAAGUGGGUGGUGGACUGGGCAGAGACACCGCAAACACGGUCAAUGACGGUGUCGGCAAUGCUAGUCAACGAAUCAGCGGCCUGACCAACUUGUGA